UCAAACGAUAACGAUAAGCUUUCCUUUCCCUCGGCUUCGAAAAAUGGACGAUGCAUUAAAAAUAACAAACAAAUGUAAUAAGAAAAACAGAUUGUUUCUACAAUAUAAAAUGCGUUCCCUCUGUCUAGUAUACAAGUGUAAUAAAUAUAUUCACGUUCAUUAAGUAUGGCUAGUUCUUUUCAAACGAGCAAAAUUUAUGUUUUUAAAAUGAGAUGAAAAAUUUUCGUAUAGAACUGAUUAGCGGGUUCUAGCAAUAAGUCGAAUGCAUAAGUGGUCUAAAGUAGACGGGAUGUUUAGAAAGAAAAUCUCAUCAGCAUGACAACCAAUUGUCAUUAGUGAUAACAAAACAUCAUCUUUGUCAAGUUUCAUUCGCUGCGCGACUUCAGGAGCAUUCUCUUCUCAUCGCUCCAGCAGAGGAUUAGUUCUUUGUGAUACUGCAUACUGUUAACGUCUUUUAAUAUUUAUAUUGUUGCUAGUCACUUGGCAGUCGGCGUAAGAACAUUCAAGACGAUGACGAAUUUAAGAAAUGGAAUUCUGCUAGGUUGUGGAAAUCCUUUACUGGACAUAUCGGCGACAGUAGAUGAGCAGUUUCUUGCCAACUAUGAGCUGUUGCCAAACAAUGCUAUCCUAGCUGAGGAGAAACACAUGCCAAUCUACAACGAACUUAUUGAGAAAUUUAGCGCGGACUACAUUGCUGGUGGAAGCGUACAAAAUUCAUUUCGUGUAGCACAGUGGAUACUUCAGCAACCUGGGAUAGCUGUGUUUUUUGGAUGUGUCGGCAAGGACAAGUACGCUGAAAUACUUUCUAAAAAGGCAACGGAUGAUGGAGUGAACGUGCAAUAUCAGUUUUGCGAGCAAGCUCCAACAGGUACCUGUGCCGUAUUGAUUACCGGUACUCAGCGCAGUUUAUGUGCCAAUUUAGCGGCAGCCAACAAGUUUACUGUCGAUCACUUGAAGAAACCCGACAGUGAUAAGCUUUUACAAAAUGCAGAAUAUUUCUACAUUUCUGGAUUCUUCCUCACUGUUAGCAUUGAAAGUAUUAUUACGGUCGCCGAACAUGCACUCAAUAAAAAUCAACUUUUUAUGAUGAAUUUGAGCGCUCCAUUCAUUCCCCAAUUUUUUAAAGAUAAUCUCGAAAAGGUGUACCCGUAUAUCGACAUAAUAUUUGGAAACGAAGCUGAAACGCUUACAUUUGCCCAGGAACGUAAUCUUGGGACAGAAGAUCUGAAAGAAAUCGGUUUGAAAAUGUCAGCCCUACCAAAGAAGAAUGAGGCUCGUGGACGAAUUGUCAUCAUCACCCAAGGAAGUGAUCCGGUGUUGUUAAUCCAGAAUGGUAAUAUCACCGAGUUUCAGGUUGAGAAACUAAACACGGAGCAAAUAGUAGACACGAAUGGAGCCGGCGACGCUUUUGUCGGUGGUUUCCUGGCUCAGUUAGUCCAGGGAAACAGUUACGAUAGUUGCAUCAAGUGUGGCAUUUGGGCCGCACGACAAAUCAUUCAAAGAUCUGGCUGUACGUUUGACGGUGUACCUGACUUUAAGCUAUGAAUAUUCGUCUAGCUGAUAUUAUGUGUUUUGAAGGGUUUUCUCUAUCAUGAAUACAGCAGCGACUUAAAAAACUAUAUUUUCAAUAAAUCUUUUUUUGCCGUUAACGCAUCUUCAAA